AUGGCUCAUCAGCGUUUGGUAACCGUAGUUGGAGCUACGGGUGCACAAGGAGGUGCCAUUGUACGAUCAUUAGUUCAAACGGGCAACUACAAGAUUCGUGGCUUAACUCGUGAUGCAACAAGUGAAAAAGCUCAAGCAAUAAAACGUUUGAGUGAUCAUAUUGAGAUGGUCACAUGUGAUGUCAAUAAGAGAGAGGAUGUUCAACAGGCAUUUAAAGAUUCAUGGGCUAUCUUCGCUCUAACAGACUUUUGGGCACAACCCGAUCACCCUGAGAUCGAAGUCCAUCAGGGUAAACUAAUGGCUGAUGUUGCUGCUUCUCUUCAAAUUCCAUAUUAUAUAUACAGUACUCUUGAAGAUACUAUGAAACUAAGCAAUGGAAAACAGUGA